GACAAGUUUUUGGUUCCGUUUAUCCUGGUUAUAGUAUGUUCAAAUCUUUUUCACUUGGUCCGGGCAGGGCAUGAUAGUUGCUUCAUUAACUGAGUCAGGGCCAGAUAUGAAAUUUAAGGGGAAAUAAACAUUUACCAAGAGUUUUAGUAAAUUUAUUUUUAUAAUUAAAGGCCUAUAUGCAUAUAUAUAUAUAUAUAUAUAUACUGUAUGUCUAAAAAUUUUGGGAGUCAAAACCAAUGUUUCACUGGGCUUGGUUUAGAUCAGACUAUGUAACUGAACUCUUUUCGUUUAUAAAAUCUUUAGCCAAAUGGUUAAGACCUAUAUUUUGGUUUGGUUUGGUGUGGAUCAGUUGGUUCGGUUCGUUUUUUUUCUCACCCCUAAUAAAAGUUGAACACGUAGUUGAAUUAAAAAAGACCGUAAGAUAAUAACUUAAUUUACUAUUUAUAGUAAGAUUGAGUUUGAAUAUUUAGUUGGUUUGAAAAACUAUUCAAAGUCAAGACUUUCAGUUUCUUCUUUUUUAUAGUUCAUUAUUGGUCCCGCGAGGAAAAAAAGAAAGCAAUAAUCACUUCUUAUUUAAAAACGUUUUAACACACCAGUUGACCUGAUUCCACUGCAGCAACUCGUUAGUAUUAUAUUAUUAGUUCUGUGAAUCUAUCAUCAUGCAGAGGGAGACCCAACAACCACACAAAGCUUGUCCACUUGUGUCUGCUACUGAACUUUAUAAUAUUUUUAAUCACCAAGUUGUGUUCCUUCCGCUGUCAGAUUUUGAAACAGUGCAAAGAACACACUCUGCAAGGUCAAACAAGAUCGAGCUUUACGGCUUUAACCAUAUCUAAACGCAUUACAGAAGAAGAAGAAAAGCUUCAAGCUCUCCAUGGAACAUGUCAGAGUUAUCUUCUUAUUCUUUGCUUGUUGUGUCCUAAUGUUUCUUCCGUUUCAGACCUUAGCUCAGGUAGAUACUUAUGAGUUUGAUCCAGACUUCAACUGUGUAGACCGAGGAAACUUCACAGCCAACAGCUCCUUCGCUGGAAACCUCAACCGCCUUGUCUCCUCACUCUCUUCACUAACAUCAAAACCUUAUGGCUUCUACAACCUCUCCUCCGGAGACUCAUCUGGAGAAAAGGCUUACGCCAUUGGUCUUUGCAGAAGAGAAGUCAAAAGAGAUGAUUGUCUCAGAUGUAUUCAGACAGCUGCAAGAAACCUCACCGAGCAGUGUCCACGGUCAAAACAAGCUGUCGUGUGGUACACGCAGUGUAUGUUUCGUUACUCUAACAGAACAAUCUACGGAAGAAAAGAAACAGAUCCAACGCUGUCUUAUCGUGCCGGCGAAAAGAUAUCUUCAAACAUAGAUGAGUUUGAGCGUCUGCAGAGAGAGCUGCUGAACAGGCUCAAAGGGAUUGCGGCGGCUGGUGGGGGGAAUAGGAAGUACGCUCAAGGGAACAGUUCGGGUUCGCCAGGGUACAGGAGAUUCUAUGGAAGUGCGCAGUGCACGCCGGAUUUGUCUGAAGAGGAUUGUAAUGACUGUUUGAUUUAUGGGUUUGAGAGUAUCCCAAGCUGUUGUGAUAGUGAGAUUGGUCUUAGGUGGUUGUGUCCUAGCUGUAACUUUCGGUUUGAGACGUGGAGAUUCUAUGAAUUUGAGGCAGACCUAGAGGCUGAUCCACCUGGGAGUGCUGGUUCACCAACACCAGCUGCAAGAACUGAGGAGAAAACAGGAAAGAGCAAAGGUGGAUCUAAAGUUGUUAUUGCGAUAGUCAUUCCAAUAGUUCUUGUUGCUUUAUUUGCUAUUUGUCUAUGCUUGGGUUUGAAGUGGAAGAAGAACAAGUCUAGAGAUAGAGUCAAAGUUCUUGGGAGUUCUCAUUUGUCCGGAUCAGUCGCUGAAGAUGAGUUCUCAAACACAGAUUCUCUAUUAGUUGACUUUGAAAAUCUGAAGGCUGCAACAAACAACUUUUCACCUGAAAACGAACUUGGACGUGGUGGGUUUGGUUCAGUUUAUAAGGGUGUGUUCUCUCAUGGACAAGAAAUCGCGGUGAAAAGAUUAUCAGGUACUUCAGGACAAGGAGACCUCGAAUUCAAGAACGAAAUCUUACUACUUGCAAAGCUUCAACAUAGGAACUUAGUUAGGCUUUUAGGUUUCUGCAUACAUGGACAAGAAAGACUCCUUGUCUAUGAGUUCAUCAAGAACGCUAGUCUUGACCAUUUCAUCUUUGGUAUAUAUUUUCUCCUCCUUAUGCCUCCAAAUGAUCCUUACCAUUAUAGUUUUUCGCUCUGUAUUGAUCUUUGUGCCGUUGCAGAUCUUGAGAAGCGUCAAGUUUUAGAUUGGGGAGUGCGUUACAAAAUGAUAGGUGGAGUUGCUAGAGGACUUCUUUAUCUCCAUGAAGACUCACGUUACCGGAUCAUUCAUCGUGAUCUUAAGGCUAGCAACAUUCUUUUGGACCAAGAAAUGAAUCCGAAAAUCGCGGAUUUUGGAUUAGCUAAGCUCUUUGACCAAGGACAAACCAUGACACAUCGAUUUACAAACAGAAUCGCUGGAACUUAUGGUUACAUGGCUCCAGAAUAUGCUAUGCAUGGACAAUUCUCAGUGAAAACAGACGUUUUCAGCUUUGGUGUAUUAGUCAUUGAGAUCAUUACAGGUAAGAGAAACAACAAUGGUCGAGGAAGUGAUGAUGAUGAUGCAGAAGAUCUUCUUAGUUGGGUAUGGAGAAGCUGGAGAGAAGACGUUAUACUAAGCGUGAUUGAUCCAAGUUUAACCACGGGAUCAAGAAACGAUAUCUUGAGAUGCAUACACAUUGGUCUCUUAUGUGUUCAAGAGAGUGCAGCGAGUAGACCAACGAUGGCUUCGGUUGCACUUAUGCUCAAUAGCAACUCCUUUACUCUCCCGACACCUUCGCGUCCUGCUUUUGUGUUGGAAAGUGUGAUACCUUCGAAUGUUUCUUCUUCGACUGAAGGGUUACAAAUGUCAUCGAAUGAUGUCACUGUUUCUGAGUUAUCUCCUCGUUAGGUAGCUUUAAUCUGUAAAUAAAGUUUGAUUGUUUUGUUGAAGUCUUUUAAUUGGUUUUGUUUGUAUGAUUUUUCGGACAAUCUGGCUUGAUUUCAAUAUCAAUCGAAGUUAGUUAAAUAAGGAAGUCAUUAACUCAUCAUUUUAAAUACAUUUCCAUGCCAAUAUCAAUCAUAUUUUUUUAUUUUCUAAAAGAAGUGUAUAUAUUUAGGGCUGGUACUAGAACACUGCAACUCCAGCAGUAUUCAAAAAUAGAAAGGAAAAGUCAAAUUAAUAGAUUUGUGGUUACAGGUUGUUUUAGUAUGUUUGAAAUUUUGUAACAUCUAACUUAAGAAAAAGGAAAGGAAAGAGUGGUACCAAUCAAGUAUAUAUAAAUGUGAACAGCAUACAUAAUUGUAUCACGUGUGAGAUAACGUUUAGGUUAGUAGAAGUCUAUAUCAAAGACUGUUUUGUGAAUCUAAUCGUCUUUGUCCUAACCCCCUAAAAAACGUAAUGAUAAAAUUCUUCAUUCUUGAGUCCGAAUUGUGGACGGUGGACCCUUCUGGAGUAUUUUUUAUAUAUUAUUAUAGCCUAAUAGACGCAUUCCCUUAAUUAAACUAACCUUAUUCACUUUUGAUUCAGCUAAUCCACUAAAAUUAAUCAAUAAUGCGAACUCCAAAUAAAAAACGACCUGGCAUUGUAUCAUUAUAUGCUUUGCUGCCACUUGCCAGUGUAUAUCCCACUUGAUGGUUGGCUUCAUCGAUAUUCUUUUGCAAAGAUGGUUUAACGUCAUGCAAAAAUAGAAUUUAAGUUUUGCGUAUCAUUGGGUUUUAGGAGAUAAAACAACAGUUAAAUGAAUAUAAAGUAAAAUAUUUCACGUGCAAUAAAAUAAAGAGAUCCGAUGUGCUGAUAAUUUGACCACAUGAGUCAAUGUGGCGGCCAACGGCAACACCAACAAGCCUUUAAACAAAAUAUCAUAAAGCAAUAAACUAAUGUA